CGGCUAAAGACUGUUUAAUCAGUGUCCUUCUCUGGAAUUGGAUUCUCUCCAACUGAAACUAAAAAUGCAGGUGGUCCAGAGAAACAGAAUUUGGAAGCAAGCCCAAACAGGUCUACUCAGAAAUAACAAAAAACACAGACGUUAAACACCCGUUUCCUGGAUGUGAUUGGAGAGCUAUUGAGAGGACCCUUCAGAAGGAUUAGAGAAGCUGAAAGCAUGCCUGUGGUGCCCCCUUUCCUGGCUGUAUGGCUGCUUCACCUGGCUGUGCUACAAGGUGUCGCCCGUUCAGAAGCAGUCUGUGGACAGAAAGGGUCUUUGACACGCAUCGUUGGGGGGCAACCGGCCAAUGAUGGAGAGUGGCCCUGGCAGGUCAGCAUCCUGCACAAUGGCAAGCAUGUUUGUGGAGGCUCCCUCAUAGCCGAGCAAUGGGUGGUGACAGCAGCUCAUUGCGUGGAUAAGAUCAGAACCGACUAUGAAGUGGAGGUGGGUGCCUAUCAGCUUCAAAAUACUCCCUGGGAACAACGAAAGAUAUUCACAAUGAACCAGAUUAUCCCAAACUCUAACUUCAAUGGCGAUGAAGGCUCCAGUGGGGACAUUGCCUUAGUGGAAUUGUCAUCACCUGUAACUUUCACCAACAACAUCCUUCCCAUCUGCUUGCCUGAUCCUUCUGCUCAGUUCCCCAAUGGAACAAAGUGCUGGGUUACUGGAUGGGGACAGAUUCAGACAGGAGUUGACUUGGGCUAUCCACAAAUACUUCAGGAACUGGAGGUGCCAAUCAUAGAUAGAGAUACUUGCAAUUUUCUCUUCAGUAUUAAUCCAGAGCCUGACCUGAAGCCCGAUCCAGUUAAAGAAGAUAUGAUUUGUGCUGGUUAUGAAGAAGGUGGACGGGAUGCCUGCCAGGGUGACUCUGGAGGUCCCUUGGUUUGUGAAUGUGAUAUAGGUUGGAUCUUGGCUGGGGUUGUAAGCUGGGGGGAAGGCUGUGCUGAAGCCAACCGCCCUGGUGUUUACGCCUCCGUGCCUUACUAUGCCAGCUGGAUCUCUGAACAUAUACCCAGCAUAUCCUUUGUGGAGCCCCAGAACUGUGGUGAUACGAAUGCUGGGGAAAACGAUAAAGAUGGGAAUGCUGGGAAGAACAGCGGACUACAAAAGACCUUCACUCUACUGCCCCUCCUGGGAUGUCUCGUAUUUCUUCUGUGAGAUACUCAUUUCUCUGCCUUCAGGCUGACAAUUCAUCCAAUGGAAUCUCCUUUUGCACUAUGUGGGGUUUACCUAAGUCCAAAAUCACCACGUGCAAUGGGAGAUUCACGCCCAUGUCUGUCUGACUGCUUUGGGCAUGCUACCCAUUCUGAUUGCUUUAAAAACCAUUUACCCCAAAGAAUCUUGUGAAUUGUCAUUUGAGGAGCAUGCUUAGAAUUCAUCUUCCCCUAAGAUUUUAAAAACCAGGGAACUGUAGCUGGGAAUUGGAAUAUGAAGGAAAGUAUUGGGAUCAAACUAAAAGUUACAUAAAAGAUCCAUGAUCAGGUCUUCUGAUUUUUAACUUCAAAAAACAGCUGUGGGGAGGUGAUUUGGAUUGGUGUCACAGCACUGAAGGAGAGCUUGACCAAGGGGGGGGGGGAUUAACAUCCAGCAUCACAACCAUGAUCCAAGUCACCCCCUUGUCCGCUACUUUUUUGGGUUAAAAAAUAUGGUGAGAAAUCUAAUCAUAGAUGUCCUGUAUAACAUAUGAGUUGCCCUUUGCAUGCCACCAAAAGUCAUGUCUAUAAUUUAUUUUCUUAAAUUCCUGACCAUUUUCAGUGAUGUAGUAAGAAGAGAUAAAGUCAGGGCCUCACUGUGUGUGCCUGUGUGUAUAUGAGAGAGAGGUACCAUCAAGUUGCAACUUAGCAAACUCAGCUGGGGUUUUCAAGGAAAGAGACUAACAGAGAUGGGGCAAAUCCACAUUACUCAUUCUAAGUCGCAUGUUCCCCGCAUUCCCCACGCAAUCCCGAGUGCCGGUCACAUUACCUCAUUAAACAGACGCAUUUCAUUCACAUUUCUCCUGAAUAUGUGGUCACAGGUUUUCAACGGGAGUUUCACGGUGGCCGUGAACGGGCCAAUGUGCAAUUUACGCGGUUUUUUUAAAAACCACCCCCCUUCCUGUCUCUCCGGCCGUUCCGAGAGUUCCUAUUGGCUGAUUCAACUUGCAAGUGCUCCGUAGUCUGCAAAAGACUGUUUUUGACUUCAUAGCAUUGGAUUUAUUGAUUAUGCUGUUUCUGAAUCAAAACUGGUAGUUUGAAAAAUCAUUUUGGGGUGAAUCCAUCCUCAGAACGGACUCGCGAAACUUCCUUUUUAACUGUUUUUUAUUUUUUUUGUUUUAUAUUACUGUAAUAUCGAAAUUACAAAAUAUCGAAAUAAUGACACUCCAAGGAAGUGAAACUUCAGUAAAAUUCAGGCACUGAACUGUCCUCCAUAGGAAAUGCCCACGAAAGCUUCCCACAUGCUUCCAAAUUUCCAAAAAAGAAAUGGGAGAGAGCCAUCAGUGCUGUCAGUGGGGGAAAGAGAGGCAUCAUUAUCUUCAAUGAUGUUUCUUUAUAAGGCAAGAUCGAAAUAACGGAAAAGUGUGCUAAAAAAAAAAUGGGCGGGGAAAAAAGGUCCCGCCCAAAAAAGCGGUUUUCGAGCGGCCGUGUGACCGGAGGGACGCGCGAGAAAGACGGAUUGGAAGCAGGAAUGUGAACGAAGAGGAAAAAAUCGCGGAUUGGAGGCAAACGGAAGAUAUCCGAUAAACAUGCGGGUAAUGGGUGAAUGUGGAUUCGACCCUGGUUUGCCAUUGCCUGCCUCCGCCUAGUGAUCCUGGACUUCUUGGUGGGUCUCCAAUCCAAACAUGAACUAGGGCCAACCCUGCUUAGCUUCUGGGAUCUGAUGAAGUCAGGCUAGCCUGGGAUAUCCCGGUUAGGGCUCUGUGCCUCAGACCUGUGAUAAAUCAUGCAUUGUGGACAUAAGGGCAACCUCCUCAGGAAUCUUGGAUUGAUCCAUUAUUUGUGAUACGUCAGAUCUAAGGAAACUGCACUAUUCUUUAUAUACACUAAUUUUACUUCCUCAGUACAAUGCUUUAUAACACUUACCACUGUUUUAGUGCUUUUAUUCUUUGUAUGACUCAGCAGUCAGUGCAGUCUUUUUUAUUGCCCCUCGAAUGACUGUGUUGGAAGGAAUACCCAGAAAGGUAAAAGUCUGGUCAAAAAGGAAAAGCAGAUAGACUUCUCGUCAGAUUCCCAACAGAAACAAUAUUUUUUCCCCAGUGCCUUUGAGGAAACUUCUUCUUUUGGAACUUGCCACAGAGUUAUUUAGGAUGUAUUCACAAUGCAUUGUACCAUCCUUGUAUGUCUCAAUA